UCUUUUUUGUUAUAAUGGGCCCCUUUGUGGAGAUGGAAGAGAAGAGAAGAGAUCUGUGUGCUGGCGAGGCGCAGGCUUCCCGGUGACUCCCAAGGUAACUUGCCAGGGCUCCGAGAGGCGCCGGGACCCGCGGUGCGGGGCGAAGGGAGGGGGUGCUGCGGCAUGGAGCUGAUGGUGCUACUCAAUGCCUUGGUCACUCGGCUGCUCUUCGUCUUGCACUCACUCAUCGGGGUUUGGAGAGUGACUGCCGUGAAGAAGGAACCCAAGUACUGGCUGCUGGCACUGCUCAAUCUUCUCCUGUGCCUGGAGACAGGGCUUACCCUCAAGUUUAAGCAAGGCAGAGGCUACAAAUGGUUUUCACCAGCAAUAUUUUUAUAUCUGAUUUGCAUAGUACCAUCACUAUGGCUACUAGAAAUUCAUCAUGGGACUCAGUACUGUGGCAAUGAGCCUGGGGCAGUUCAGGUGAAUGUCAGCAAUCAAGACUUCAAUCAAUCCAGAGACAGCAAUCAUGGAAGUGAGGGAACAGAUCACCACAUCAUUCAGACGGCUAAAGUCUUUGUCAAUCAGCUCUCCACAAUCUGUGAGACUGUAUGGACACUGGCCCUGCACCAGACUUUUCUACUGCUACUAGUAGUUGGAAGAUGGCUUCUUCCCAUUGGGGUCGAAAUCACCCGGGACCAAUUGUCUCAGCUGCUUCUCAUGUUUGUGGGAACAGCAGCAGAUAUACUUGAAUUUGCUAGUGAAACCUUGGACAUUGAGGAUGUUCGGAAGAAUUACGCUCUCAUAAAUGCAAUUCUUGCUGUAUGGACCUGGAGUAUGUUACAGUUUCCACUUGAUCUUGCAGUACAGCACAUUGGCUGCAAAACAAGCGCAUCAGCCAGGCGGAUCCCCAGCCUGCUGCUGUGCAGGUACAGUGCGGAACUCUGGAACAUUGGGGUCAGCCUUUUCAUACAGGACGGUCCCUUCUUCAUUGUGCGUUCAAUUCUGAUGGGUCACUUCAGAAUAUUCAAUCAGAUGCUGGUAUUUUUCACAGCUAAGAAUAUCUUAGUUGUGACUCUACAGUUGUAUCGGCUGGCAGUGAUAACAUUAGACUUCCGUGCUACCGUUCUGCAGAAGAGCAGGAAAGGAGAAGUCUGCUGCUGCCCAUGUGAGCCUUAUGAAGCUCGUGCUCAUGCUACUGGUCACCAAGAGAAUGAAAUGAAAGAGUUUGUUGCUUUUCCUCCAAAAGAGGAAUCCCGAGUUCCAUCAGAAGAUCAUUGAGCAGUUACUGACUUGGAAAUAGUUGCAUUCUCCACAGCUUCUUCAGAAGGGCUUUGCCUGUUUCUAUGAUCAAAUGCAUCUUGAGUGUCUAAGUCAUGUUUUCCAUCAAGACAACAUUAGCUUCUUCUAAAUUAUAGGGGAACUUUCUCGAGCAAAUUCAUAGAAAUGGGACUUUUUAAAAAUACAUUUAUAUGAUGGGUUUUGACUAGUUUAAUAUUAUAUUAUUUACAGGGAUUUUGUAGCCAUAGUUUGUAGUAUCAAGAAAGGUUGGGAGCACUAAUAAGAUUGGUUAUUACUGUUGGUGACACUGUGCUGACCUAUGUACUUGCAUGUAUUCAAGUAGAAAGACAAGCCAGUCCUUUAUAGGAAGCACAAAAACAUUGACCUCUACUAGAAUGGCAGGGCUAUAACUGCAGUGUGAUGAACAAUAUGUUCACCAUGUACAGGAGGAACAUCAGCAGAAUCAAUUGUGCACGCAUUUCAGUGCAGUUACUGUGACAUUGUUCAUUCCAGAAAUUUAAGGAAACCUUCUUCAGAUGUUACCUCAUCUUUGGUGGGAUUCAGUUAAGAAUUAUGCAUCACCAUGAAACUGCAUACAAAAGACUCUUGAUCUGCCUGGUCUGAAAAACCUAAAUCAUAACAAAAAGGGAAAAGCAGUCCUCCAGAUCACUAGAAGACAACUGUGUAUGCUACAGGCACUUUCUAGAGUUGCUUGCCUUUCUAUUUCUACCAUUUAGAACAUACACGCACAGAACACACAUGGACAAAACCUCACCAAAAUAUCUGUAAAUACUUUUUUCCUCUUGAUUUUACAGUUCUGUUCUUACAGCUGAGGCAGUUUUUAAAAUGUCUCCAUUUUGUAUGAUUUUUAAAAGUGGCCUGACCUAGACAUAGAAUCUCUCUAGAAAGAUGCAUUGCUGCUCAAGGCAAUCUAAGCCAAAGGAUUCAGGUGUGCACUUCAUAUUUUGUGAAGUGCCACAAGGUCCCAUGAAAUAGGCUGAGAGAUUGUCUGGUCGGGUGAGUGUCAAGAUCCAUUUUUAAGAAAUGGUUAAUAAUUAAUACUUUACUACUUUCACAUUUGGAGUAAAUAAUAUAGGCCCCAAUUUCUCCCAGGAGCACACUUGAGAUCAGUGUAAGAUCAUUGACUUUGCUGGACUUAGCUCAGAGAAACUGAAAGUAAGAUAAGUGAUUUUUGAAAGUCUGCCUAAAAAUUAUAUUCUUGAAGAAAAUGGCAGGUGCUUUUACAGAUUUCUGCAUCCAUUUUGAAAGAUAGUGGAAAAGCAUAUAGAGUGACAUAAUUAAGGUAAUUUCCCAUAUUAAAAACACCAAAUUAAACUUUAUUUUCUAAAGUCUCAGCUAUCUGAAAACCAGAGUCUGGUUUCAGGAAUGAAUGAAAGUGUUUCUACCAUCACAUAAAGUAGUCAUAUACUUAUUUAUCCACAGCCUGAUAAGCAAUGACACAUUCAUUCUUUGAAAAAUGAACCUGUUUAAAAAGUCCAAACACUAAAGAUGCGAACAUGUGUUUGUACUUGUGAGUUCUUACUGUUCUAUGCAGGAUAAGACCUUCCAUUAUGAAAGAAGAAAAUGCACAGCCAUAAGGAAGUAUCAUAUGCUUCAUAGCCCUGUCUACCAUUUAUACAGUAGUAAUAAUGUGCAACAACUCCUUCUCUCCAUAUUUUCAGCCUUUUUUCCAGCAACAGUUUUAAAAAGCCAGUCACUACUUGCCAUGGUGUUGUGAGGUAGACAUAUGGAGAAUGGAAUGCAACUUCAUUUAGGAUUUUAAUUCAAAUCUAGAGGUAAAAAAGUGAUAGUUCUGAUGAUGAGCUGUGCUGUCUAAAACCUUUCACACUGGGAUGAAUUUAGAAUCGCUUGGUAGAACCACAACAGAGCUCUUCCUUGUGGAUGCAAGCCAGAACUACUCAUAUUCAUUUUGAGUUUACCACUUGUUCAUAUAAAGCAAGUUAAAAGGAUCACUGUUAAUUAAUUUGGAGUGUACUGAGCUUUCUAGAACAUCAUUCUGAAUUCAUCAGCAUAAAAAUUGCAAGGAUGUACUUUUUUUAAAACUUGAUAUUUGUUCAGCAACAAGCUGCCUAUUAGACUCAGCCUGCAGUAAAUGCAAGAUCCCCUGGGGUCAGCAGUACAGACUGGUUACAGCAGGAAUAUUUCAUAGCAAACUCUAUUUCCUGGUCUUCAGGCAGUUCAAUUUUAAACAGCAGUAAAGCUUCUUAUCACAUUUAUAAGUGAUAAGUGAGUGAUAAGAACUCAUUCCAGUGUUAGGUGGUCGAGAUCCUAUCCUCAUUCACUCACAGACAAAAUAGGCCAGAUCCUCUUCACAUUUACAAUACAGUAGAUUUGGACUUCCCCUUUCCUCCCCACUAUUGCAAGUGAUGGCAAUCAGAUUGCUUAAAACCAAAGGAAAAUCCAGACUAACAAAGGAGUAGUAUAAAUUCCAGUAGCAUAAAUAUUAGCAAUAGUAUAAAUAUUGGGUACAGAGCAGAAUCACAUAUACCAGGUAGCAGCAGGAGUGACAUGCAGCUCCCCCGGCUUCACUGAGAAGCCUGGAAAUGGCAAUUACGAAGUCUAGUAAUUUGCAUGUUUUAGUCAGAACAGCAAGCCCAAGUUGCAAGCCCUCCUCAGUUUCCUGUUGCAAAUGUUUGGAGCAGGACUGCAGCUUUGUGUUUUGCAGCAGGCUGUUGGAGGCAGCUGAAGCAGCAGCUGGCUGUGGGGAGCCCUGGUGCCACCCCACAGCCUUCCAGAGCUCUGCACUAAGUAAGGGGUAGAAUGGACUCGCUUGAAGAUCUGCCAGCAUCUGUGGUGUACUCAAAGAUGUCAUGCUUGAUCUGCAGGAAAAGCUGCAGUAAACCUUCAGAUGGGGAAAAGUCAAGCCUCCUAAAUGCAAGAAUUUCAGAACAUUUAUCUUAACCAUUAUUUACUCAAGUCAGGAGAACACAUUACUAAAUCUGUUCUGCCAAUAGAUAUCUGACCAUUUACUGUUAUUUAUUCUGGUUGUUCCUGCCUUAUCCUUCUAAAUUAUUCCAUAUUAAACCUAACUAAGACGUUUUACCACUUGUCUUUUUUCUGAGCUGAAAUGUAUUCCUCCUUUCUUUUGGACAUUGGCUCAAAUAAGAGCAUAGCCCUAAGCAGGAAAAACAACAAAUAACAGUGACGAUUUUAUUGCAUUCCUGUUGGUAUUUGUACUGUACUAUGUUCUCUGUGACUAUGUGGAAAUGGAAGAAAAUGUGCAAUUACUUUUAAAAAACUUCAACAGCAUUUUGCAAAUAAAAGGCAGUUACCUCAUGCAUAGCUGCCAAUUUAUUAUGUGAGAGCUGACUGUUAUAUGUUCCUAUUAAUUAUAUCUUCCACAUGCUGCUUUUCCUUUCCAUGCUUCCUAAGUUAAUUACUUAGGUCAGAUUCUGUCUGCUGCUGUUGCUUUGAAAACCCACAAGCAACUGCAGCUAAUUUCACUCUAUUCUGGAUAGGUUCUUUAUUCAGAGCCUUUGCCUCCAAGUGUGCAAGUCACAGUGCAGUCCCCAAGAGGAUGUGUUUAAUAUCUACACACAGGAGGCAUUUUAAAUACACACACAAAUACAUACAUUCAUUUAGAUACCCUCACACACACCUGGCAGUGCCCAAUAUACAGGUUUUAUUUCUGUAACAGUCUGGGAGACUAUCAGUAAGAACCAUCUGCAGAUGCCUCCGAAACACUUACAGAAAAUACCUUAAACAUUACAAGUAUCUUGAAACUUAAAUACUAAGCAUACCAUACUCUGAGCCAUGUACUGAUUUAAAAAAAAAAAAAUAAAAAAAUAAAGAAUUACCUUCCCUGGAAUAUAUUCUUCCCAUGCCGAUUUACUCUGUUGAAUAAAAUGUACUCAAUCAUUAGUUUCCCCUAAAAAAUAAAGUUUUUUAGGUGAGCUUUAGCACACAACACCAGCACAAGGUGUUUAAAACUGCACAAGGCUGUUUCGCUGAUGCUGUGUCAAGAGAAAAUAGGCAAGCUUUGAAAUCAGCAGGUUGGAGUGUCCCUGACCCCUCUGUCUUUGGAUUCAAAUUUCCACUUUUUUCACACUGUUAUAUGAGGAAGGAAGUCUCUUCUUCCUUGUGAGAAGAAAGAAAACAGAUCAUUCCUAGUCUGUAGUGGUGAGGCAACAAUAGUGGGUCACAGUGGCAAAAGAAGCAGAGAUGUUUAUCCAAGAUUGGUCACUGCACAGUGACCAAUGUGCAGGGAAAUGCAGCAGUACAGACACCUAAUGGAACAAAUAUUAAUGACUGCGAUAACCGUACAUGAGCUGUGUUCUGAAAACCUUUCCUGGCUCUUCAGAGCCAGCACAGGAAGGGUUCUCAACAGCCAGCUCCACUCCAGUAUCUCCAGCAAGGUGCUAGGACAGGAAUUCCAGUGAUCCCAAAUUUGUCUUGAAAGUAUCACUGAAAUCUUCUGUGUAAAUUUUUUUCCUAAUUAGGUCUCCUUUGGGUUGUCUUUUCCCUUCAGAUUGAGCAAAAGGCACAGGAAUGAAAGCAAUGUAACUAUAAAAAUCCCUUCAUUUAUCAACCUAAACCCUUACCUUACCCUCUACAUACUGUUCUUUGUUCAUCCACAUUUCUGCCUACUUUCUGGGCCCACCUUCCAGAUCUCAGCACACAGUCAAAACAUGCUAAGCACUGCACCUUCCACUGCUGCCUGUUGAAGUCUUUAGAAAAACACACAAGAAUGCAGGCCAAAGAUUAGGAAGAGCCAAGCCUAUUUCUUCCUGUUAAAGAUGAAAGCUAUCAACAGCUGUCAAAGCAUUUCCUCCAUUUGUUUUUAGCCAACUACAGGGAGAAGAAUCUUUUCCUGAGUAGUAUCUCUGUGAAGGACUUACUUAUUGAAAGAACAGGCUCAUUUCCUAUAGCCCUAUGGAUUAUUAUGUCUUUCAAAACAUAAGGUCACACAAAGUUUGAAAUUAGAUUGUCAGGCUGUAGGUAAAGAUAAUGGAGUUGAAAGGUGGUACAAUAUAAAAGUGAUGCUGUUGCAGUCAGCUUGCUGUGACCCCGGACUGGUCUGGCCAGGCAGCAUGGCAAAAAUAGAGGGACGGCUGCAAUGGAGAACCCAGAAGAUUUUAAUGUUCAAAGAGACCACAUGGUCUGAGGGGCUGCAAUUGAAAGACUCAGGGGUGUGGUGAGAUUCACAGUGUAAAGGGAUAUCUGAGGGUAAAGGUCCAAUCAUGGCCGUGGGACAGUCUUUUGACCUUAUUAGUCUAAGGUCCUGCCUAUUCUGGGAUGACUCUAUUAGCAUCCCCCCAGCACCCCACCUCCCAAGGGCUUCAGAUUUAUUCCCUCCGUGCCAAGAACCCUGUCCAGGGUAUGAUCUAUCCCAAGUUCUCAGCAUCUCAGGUAUCUCAGUUCCCACAUAAUGCCCUACCCCAGCAUUUUUAAUUCUGAGAGACAGGGAAAGGCCUCCAAGCCAAGUAAAACAGGUCUGCAUGAGUAAGUAGCAUCUAUAAUAGCUGCUUGGAAGAGCUGAACUAAAAAUUGCUCUAAAAUCUUCAGUCUUCUGUACAUCUAACUAAUAUUAUCCUAAAAUAAUCAGACAAAACGAGUAUAAUCACAACUAAUAUCUAGGCCUCACAGAA